UCAAACUCAUUAUUUAUUUACAUCCAAAAUUUGGACUUUUUUCUUUUCGUAUUAAAUAAUACCAACAAAUUUAAUUAUUAUAAAAAUAAAAAGGAAAAUUUCUUAGAAGAACAGUAUGGUUAGAAAACCUUCGCUUUGAAUUCUGCCCAGAAACGAUGACUUCGUGUAAUUCAGAAAGUUAGGGUUUCAUUCCGCGAUCUAUCACCGACCCGAACCUCACCAUACCCAAUUGCCAUGAAUUGCGAAGUAUGCCAACUCAAAGAACUGGAAGUUGAGCAGUUCGAGAUACGCGAAGUUCUGCGCUGUAUACUACACACAAUUGUAUUUCACCGAGCUUUAGGUCUUGUUCGGCCCAGAGACAUUGAUUUGGAGCUUUUUGAUAUUACUUAUGUGCAAUGUGGAGACAUUGAAGUUGAGAAGAAGAUCGAUGAGAAGAUUGAGCAGUUCAUUAAUUGGGUAGAGAAACACCCAAACAAGAAAAGCCAGAUAUGUUUAUCCUUUUAUCAAGAGAAAAAUAAACAGGCCUCUUGGUUCACUAACAAAAUUGAACGCUUUUAUUGGGAACAAUGGUAUAUCAAUUUGCAUGUGGCCCAACACAUAAAAAUACAUUCUGGCAAGACUCACCAACAGAAAAUUCUAGUUGAUCCUGGAGAGAGUGGAUUGGAUGAGAGAAGCAUCCGCAGGACGACACUGGAAGCUUCUCUUCGUGAGGUGUUGUUUCAAGUAAUAAAGUUUGUGAAUGAAAAGAAGGAUCAUGUUCCUGCUAUACCAAGUCCAGAUUGUGGUGUUGUUAUUUUCCCCUAUGAAAUAACAAUUCCUAGUUCAUCAGAUUCUGCAUUUGGAAUGGACAUGAUCAAGAGGAUGUUGCAAACUGGACACCCCACUAUGCUCAGCUGAUUAUCAGAAUUCUGGAGCCUAUACCAAGAAUGUUCCACAUCUUGUCUUUAUAGAAGGUUCCAUUUCUUUUAUAUGAUCUCUAUGGCAUAUUUAGAGUCAUUUGAAAAAGGAUUGAAUAUUGGCGGAGUCGAGGAAAAUAUCUGAUUUUCCCAACACAAUCCUCUAUCCAUAUUCCUCUGAUUUUCCCAACACAAUCCUCUAUCCAUAUUAACACUCUAUCCUCUAUUUCGCGUUCUUUUUACACUAUCCAUUGUGAAUAUUGACACUAAUCAAUGUAUAUACACACAUUCAAUGUUCA